AUGCCGGCUGUGAAGAUUGCACCGAGUGUCCUGGCCUCGGACCUGGGUAACUUGAAUCAUGAGUGUCAACGUAUGAUGGACUGUGGUGCAGACUGGCUCCAUAUGGACAUUAUGGAUGGCCACUUUGUGCCUAACAUCGUCAUGGGUGCCCCCAUUUUGCAGUGCGUCUCGAAGGCGGUGCCCAAGAUCUUUAUGGACUGCCACAUGAUGGUCUCGGAACCACUCAAGUGGAUCAAAGACAUUGCAGCGGCUGGCGGCGCUUCGUACACAUUCCACAUUGAAGCUACAGACGAUCCCCUGGAGGUUGUGCGUCAGAUCAAGGCAGCAGGGAUGCGCGCCUCGGUCGCGAUCAACCCUGGCACGCCAGCCACGGAGAUUUCCGAUGCACUGGCCAAGGCUGUCGAUAUGAUCCUGGUCAUGACGGUAUGGCCCGGUGCAGGUGGCCAGAAAUUCAUCAAGGAGUGCAUGCCCAAGGUAGCCGAGCUCCGCGCGCGGUACCCCGAUCUCGACGUGGAAGUCGAUGGCGGUGUAGCGCCUGCGACGAUUUCGGCGUGUGCGGAUGCGGGUGCCAAUGUUAUUGUGGCCGGCACAGCUGUGUUCCGUGACCCGAAACCGGAUGCCGUGAUUCAGUACUUGCGCGAGCAAUGUGAGCAAGCCCAGGCACGGAUCCGCGAAGAGCGCGAGCGCAUCUUGCGUGGCGAUAAGGUCGAAGGGGCUGGGAUGGUGGGUACGCAGACGUACCUGUCUGGCCCUGCUGAGGCAUGGGUCCACCCACGUGCCUACAUCCAGCCGCCCGCGUCGUCGUAG